UCACAUCACAUAAACCUUUUUCUCUCUCUCCACUCCCCUGUCAAGGCUCACCUCUAUUUCUUCCUCAUCUUUCCGGGGCUUCCAAGUCUCCCUCCUCCCCACCCACCCGGACCCGGUGCGGCGCUGUGCAGGCGGAGGAGACCAGGGAGAGACGGGCGUACUUGAUGAGGAGGCUGCUGUGAAGGAAACAACUCCGCGACGCGAGAACAGCUGGUGAGCUGGUGAGACGAAGGUGAGAGUGAGAUGAUGCUGAUGAUUGAUUAAUCACUAAAGCCUGGCUUGCUGCUACUGAUAUGGAUUGUAUCUUCUUUUGUUUUGCUUGGAUUCUCUUGAGUGAUCAUGCCCGUCUGGAUUGUCUGUUACUCCUCUCCUGACGCUUUACUCACUGACCAAUAUGUAUUGCUUCCAAGCGAAGGAAUCUAUUAAAGAAAAAAGAUGCUGUACUGCACUCGAAUUCAAUAAAACUUUUUUUUAGUUUUCUGAUUGCACAAGUACUGGCUACUAUUGAUAUGGAUUGAUUUUUCCAUAAGAAGAAGCAAUGAUUCAGCUGAUUCUAAUUUUCCUGCUGUCUGUUCUGAAACUGAUUGCGCACCUGUAAAAUUGCUGUGGUUGAAACUGGUAGUGGUACGAAUCAAACUUAGUUAAGUUGUUAAUGUUAUAAAAAGGUGAUGCCAGAUAACCAAGUUAUUAACACCCAAAAACUGCAGUGCCAAGAAGCUAGAGGCGACCAAAUGGCAACUGACUCCUCGGCUCCACAAGCUUCCUCUGACUCGAUUGUGCAAAAGAUGGGGUUCUUCAGAGUCCCUGACAUUCUUAUCAAACUGAGCACCAGUUUGAGCGAAUUGGAUGUGGUCCGCAGUCCAACAUCGCCCCUAGACCUCAAGUUCUUCGCAGGCCUUGGUAACAAGUCACCCAGAUCAUCUUCCCUUGAGGCCUGCCAGAACCAGAAGAUCUUGCUUGGUGACAGGGUUGGUCUUGGACUUGUGGAUUCCCUUGCUGAUGAGAAUCCCACCCCUCUGGGCGGUAGGAAGGUCCUUCUUGGAUCUGAGAUGAGGAUUACUGAUAACCUAUCCCGCAAGAACAGCUCCACUGCUCCUGUUCAAACUGGGGAGGUUGAACAGAAGGAUGAUAAUAUGUCUGACGGACUCAAGGGUAGUAUCAUGUCCCUUGAUGACAUUGUCAAUUCAGAGGAUUACACAUGUGUUGUUUCCCGUGGCCCAAACCCUAAAACUACCCACAUUUUUGGAGAUCAUGUUUUUUUGCUUCAAGUUGAGCACCAGAUGCCUGGUGAAAGUAAGGAUGAGGAGAACAUGUCUCCUCUUGUGAAAGAGGGUGCCAUGAGCUUCUGUAGUUUUUGCAGUGAGAAGCUGAAAGAAGGGAGAGAUAUCUACAUGUAUCAGGGUGACAAAGCCUUUUGCAGCACAGAGUGCAGGGAGAAUUUCAUGGAAGAUGAGAUGGAAGAAGGUGAACCCAUGAUAUAUCAUCCUGCACCUCCAAGCAUCUCACCUUUGGACAAUGGUCCAAUUUUCCAACUGAUCCGUUGAGUGAAAAUCAGCAACAACUUGAUAUGGUCGUAUCUGAAGUGCUGUCUGAGGUUAAUAAGUUGCAGCCAUGGAUGUGAUCAUGUUUGCGGAGUUGUUGCCUGAAGAUUUUGUUUGUGCGGCGCUGAUGAAUUUACCUCACCUAUUGAUUUCUUUGUUUUGCGUAGUUGGAUCCUCGAAUUUUUUGGAGGACUCCGAAGAAUGACUGUACCUCCGGUCAUAUUAUUAUCUUGAUCGGAGAUGGGCGUGUGCGUGUCUGAACAUGAGUUUGGUUGUUUGGACCUCAUUUUCAGUGGUUGUCGGAUGUUCGACGCUUCUGUUACUAUCGUGUAUCUGAACCUAUGUUUUCAGUAUGUAUUUCGGAAAGGAAAUGGUAAACUAUGAUAUCAAUAAAUGUUAUAUUUCUUAA